CGGAGGGGCUCCUAGGAAAUAUCGAGCACGGAGUAUUACAGUAAUCUCGUUACGGAGGAGAUACCGGCCUGGGGCAAGGGGGCCAGCAUGAUGGAGAUCGAGAUGCCCCUGCCACUGCAGUCACAACAGGAUAUGGAUCUGAUUGAUAUUCUUUGGAAGCAAGACAUUGACCUCGGUGUUAGCCGUGAGGUUUUCGACUAUAACCAAAGACAGAAGGAAAAUGAAUUGGAGAAACAGAAGAAGCUUGAAAAGGAGCGGCAAGAGCAGCUGCAGAAGGAACGGGAAAAAGCACUCUACGCCCAACUGCAAUUAGAUGAGGAGACAGGGGAAUUCAUCCCAAUCCAACAGGCUGCACCUAUUGAGACUGCAGCAGUCACGCAGGAGCUUGCCAGUUCCAUUGAGGUCAAACCCAGUUUGGUACAUGAUUUAUCCUUUGAUGAAUGCUUGAAGAUUUUGGGUGAAACAUUCCAGUUAGGACCAGCUAAUGAGGAAUCCUCUUUGGCAUACCAGACACUAGAACCCAGUGAUCCUAUUGAAACAAACCAGACCUUCCUCCAGUCUGAACCAAAUCCGGUACCAGCUGGCACGCUGAGCAGCAUACCUGCGGAAGGAGAGAUUAUGCAUGAAAUGAAUCAGGCUUGGGAGGAGUUAUUGUCUAUUCCUGAGUUACAGUGCCUUAACAAUGAGAUUGAAAACAUGGUGGACCUAAGCAUGUAUACAAACCAAGAAUCCAUCACAAUGACAGAGACUCCAGACACUUACAGCUUCCUUAGUCCCCUGUCCACUAUUGAAAAACCACAUGAAAGCAGCACUGUUUUCUCCAGUGAUCUUGUGGAUACGUUCACUAGUAGUCUACCAUCAGUAAACACAAAUACAGCCUUUAAUGUUGAGUCAUUCUGCGAUGAUAUAUUUACACUUGACCCAAAAGUGACCAAUGUUGUGCCUUUAACAGACAAUUCAGGCCAGUUGCUGAAUGAGCUUUUGAAUGAUAACGUUGAUAUUACAGACUUGUCAUUAUGUAAAGCUUUUAAUGGGAACAACCAACCAGAAUUCAAUGAUUCUGAUUCUGGUGUUUCUGUCAAUGCCAGUCCAUGUGCAACAUCACCUUCCCAGUCCAUGAGUGGUUCCGUCUAUGGUGAGCCUCAUCAUAGCUACAGUGAUUCAGACAUGGAAGAUAUGGACAGCACUCCAGAGACUGCACAGCAAAAACCUCCAGACAAUUUUACUGCAGCAUUUACUGAGGACACAUACUUCACUCUUUCGCCUUUUGUCUCGCAUGACACAGAUCCCUUUGAUAUAGAAGCUCACACCCCUUCGGCAAAAGAGAUACCUGCUAGCCCAGGCUAUAGCAAGGCUCCGUUUGCCAAGGACAAGUAUUUAAGCCGCCAAGAAGCUCGUUUCACCAGAGACGAGCAAAGAGCAAAGGUUCUCAACAUACCAUUCUCUGUCGAUAAAAUAGUUAACCUUCCAGUGGACAACUUUAAUGAGUUGAUGUCCAAGUAUCAGUUUAACGAGGCCCAGCUUGCCCUCAUAAGAGAUAUAAGGAGGCGGGGCAAAAAUAAAGUAGCUGCUCAGAAUUGUCGGAAGAGGAAGAUGGACAACAUAGUGGAAUUGGAGACUGAUCUGGACAAGCUUAAGUAUGAAAAAGAGAAAUUACUUGCUGAACGAGGAGAGUACAACAACAGCCUUAGUCAACUGAAGAAGAAGCUUGGCGCCCUGUACAUGGAGGUCUUUAAUAAGCUGCAAGACGAGAAUGGGCAACCAUACUCCCCUCAUGAAUACUCCCUCCAGCAGACAAAGGAGGGAAAUAUUUUCCUUGUUCCAAAAACCAAGAAAGUUAGCAUAAAGAAGGAAUAGCAAAUAUAUUAUAACAUUUUUAUUGUUUAUUCUGGGAUGGAAUCCCAGUGUUUGGCCUAAGGUGGAUGACUGGGAUGCGUUAAAGAAGUAGCUCACCAGAACUAGUCUUUGUACUGUAGCACUUAAACCGGGGCAGGGGUUAAAAAAAAUACAAAUUAGUCUUAUGCAGUUAAUAGUUAACUAAUUAGUCCAGCUGAAACCUAAUUAAACAUUUGGAGUGUUUCAGUCUGCACCCUAACAAGGAGUGCUUAGGUAAAACUGGUAUGUUUAACAGAGUUAUAUAGCAUAUUCAGAUGUGUGCUUUCGACAACAUUUCCAAUAUACCGGACUUAAACUGAUUAGUAUUUUCUGCAAAAUCCGGCCUCGUUGUGGCUUGCGAGACAGAUGGGCAUUACCGGAUGCGACUUCUGCAGGAUCAGUCAUUUUUAUUUUCGUUAUUAAAUAUUGUUUCCGUAUAUCUUGCACUUAUUUUUUUUUUUUUGGUUUCAGUAGUCAGAAAUCUGAAAAUAUUUGGUAUACAGAAAUAUAUCAGGCAACAGACAUCUCAUGUAAAAUCUGCAGUCUUUUAUAGAACAUCCUAUAUUUCCUUAUUGCGACACUGUCUUUCUAAAUAACUGUAAAUAGUGCAAUACAUCAUAUUUAUGUAUAUAUAUAAUUCCUAUUUUAUUUGCUAAGAAACGUACCAAAAAUAAAUUUAGUACACUAAAUAUCAUUUGUGGCAAAUCAUGUUUGUAACUGCUGAUUCUUUUAUAGAGAGCUUUAUUUCUUUUUACUUUUUUUUUAAUUUUGAAUUUUUGGUUUUUUUUCCCUUUUAAAUUCUGUUUUCAUUUAGCAAGACAGAUGACAGUUAAUAAAGCAUAAAAUACCAUCUUU